ACGGAGGGAGAGGAUAUUCGGCAAGUAAGGGAUGCCUGACGUCAGUGGCACGGAUGUCGGAGGGGCACGCUAGAGGCACUCCGCAGAACGUAACACCUCCUCACGACGGGAUAACUCGAGAGUGUCUGCUUGUCUGCCGUGGAAUUUGAAAAGAGAAUGGCCCGCCACGUGUUCCCGCUCGUGCUGGUGGUCGUGGCGCUGGUCGUCAGGAUCAUUCUUGCUGCCCCGUCGGUCGCCUCGGGAGACACCAGCGACGAGAUCAACAGCAUAAGGACGUCGGAUGAAGACAUCAACGUCGGGGAGGCCAUCUUCAACUCCUUCGCCGUGAGACCCUGUCAGCGCCAUUGCCACAGGCGAGACCACACGGGCGAAUGUCGACUCAACUUCUCUUGUUUCCUUGGCUUUGCCUGAGCUCUUGAGUUUCGUUGGGUUUCUGAGAUCUGGAUUUUUCGUUUUCUUUCUCUGUCUGUAUGUCUCUUUCUGUGAAUCUCUGAAUAUCUUUGCUCCUCUCACUCUGGAGCAGCAAUUAGCGCUGUUGUCACUUCUAUAUCUUUACUGUUAUUAUAAAGUAUUUUUUUGUCGCUACUUGCCUUUCUUGUUUUCAAAACUAUUAUAAAUGUUUCUUUAUGAUAUUUGUAUCUAGAAUUAAUAAAUUUCCUCUGGAUUAGCUA